UCGGGUCUUUUGCAUCGGCUUUUUUUUUUACAUCUCACCUCUUCUCAAACCUCAAUUCUCCCUCUCUCUCUCAUAGAAUCUCUUCUCCCUCCCGUCAUCCGGCCUCACCGGCGGCGUGCCGGCGUCGACGCGCGAAUUUGAAUCGGAGACUCACCUUCUCGGAGGCUGUUGCGUGGACGCGUGCACGGUGAACUGCUUCGUAUCGCUUCAUCGUGACUCGCGACUUGCAGCCACAGAUUCAGUGGGAAUUGGUGGACGGCGGUGGACGAUGAUGGACAGAAAACCUCCAAGAGUCGUGACUCGUGACUAGUGUUGUGGCAGGAAAUCAGGAAUGAAUAACCUUCAAUCCCUGACUCAACCUGAGAAGAAGAAAUCAAAAUCCAAAGGUAAAAAGAAGAUGCCGAAUGAUGAUAGUCUUGUGGAAAAUCAGACUUACCAUGAGGUUACUGAAGAAGCUCAACCUGAGAAGACGAAGAAGAAGCAAAAGAACGUUAAAGAGAAUCUAGGAGUCUUUUCUUUAAGUAAUGAAGUAUUGGAAGUGCAUGAAGUUGGUGAUGGUGAAGACAGCCGACUUAGGGGAGAUAAUAGCAACCAGCAGGUGAAGAAGAAGAAUAAAUCAGAAAAAUGCAAAGAGGUAGUUGAAAAUGCCCAACCUGUGAAGGACAAGAAGAGAGAGAAGAAAGGUGAUGUAGGUGCUGGAGACAGUGGAAGAAACAGGGACAGAGGCAGUAAAAAAAGGAAGGAGAAAUCGUUUGGGUGUAAUACUGAAGAAGAUAUAAAUGCUGGUGUGCUGGAGAAUUCUAAGAAGAAUGGAACAGCUGAGCAUACUGAUAACUCCAAUCACAAUAAGAAAUUGAAGGACAAGAAGAGAAAGAAGAAGGAUGAUGUAGGAGCCGGAGACAGUGGGAAAAACAGGGACAGAGGCAGUAAAAAAAGGAAGGAGAAAUCGCUUGGGUGUAAUACUGAAGAAGAUAUAAAUGCUGGUGUGCUGGAGAAUUCUAAGAAGAAUGGAACAGCUGAGCCUACUGAUAACUCCAAUCACAAUAAGAAAUUGAAGGACAAGAAGAGAAAGAAGGAUGAUGUAGGAGCUGGAGACGGUGGAAAAAUCAGGGACAGAGGCAGUAAAAAAAGGAAGGAGAAAUCGCUUGGGUGUAAUACUGAAGAAGAUAUAAAUGCUGGUGUGCUGGAGAAUUCCAAGAAGAAUGAAACAGCUGAGCCUACUGAUAACUCCAAUCACAAUAAGAAAUUGAAGGACAAGAAGAGAAAGAAGAAGGAUGAUGUAGGAGCCGGAGACAGUGGAAAAAACAGGGACAGAGGCAGUAAAAAAAGGAAGGAGAAAUCGCUUGGGUGUAAUACUGAAGAAGAUAUAAAUGCUGGUGUGCUGGAGAAUUCUAAGAAGGAUGAAACUGCUGACCCUACUGAUAACUCCAAUUGCAAUAAGAAAUCUAAGAAAGUCAAGUUUUCUGAUAAUGUUGAAGUUUUUCCCAUCACCGACACUCCUAGUAAGGGGAAGAAGAAAAAGCUUGAUGAUGGCAGUAAGGAGAAGGAUGAUCUCGAAGAUGGCGUGAUACAUGGGAAGCGAUUCUCCAAAGAGGACGAUGACAUCAUCCAAGAUGCGGUAUAUAAGUACAUAGAGGAUCAUCGACUGGGUGAACAGGGUUUAGAAAUGAUAUUGAACUGUAAGUCCCACCCAGAAGUUAGACAUUGUUGGAAAGAAAUUGGGGAGGCUUUGCCUUGGAGACAUUAUCGGGCUGUCUAUUGGCGGGCUCAUGUAUUGUUUGAACGAAGUGAGGCUCGUAAGUGGACCCCAGAAGAGAUUGAGCUGCUUAAGAAAUUCUAUGAAAAGCAUGGCCCAGAUUGGAAAACGUUGAGUAAUGAACUGGGCAAACAUCGGUUUCAUGUAAAAGAUACAUGGCGUAGGAUCAGGUACCCCAAUUUGAAGAAGGGACGCUGGACCCAAGAAGAGUACCAGAAUCUAUUUAAUCUUGUUAAUUUGGAUUUGAGCAUGAAGGUAUUUGAAGAAAAGAAAACAAAGCAUGGAAUGCUACGAGACAACAUAUGCUGGGAGGCCGUAGGCGAAAAGCUCUCAACUCGAACAAAUUCUGUGUGUUGCACGAAAUGGUAUGACCAAUUAACAUCUCCCAUGGUAUCUGAAGGAGAGUGGGCUAACUCUGAUGAUUAUAGGUUGUUGAUUGCGCUUGUUGAUCUUGAUGCUACUUGUGAAGAAGAUGUGGAUUGGGAUUAUCUUUUGGAACAUAGGUCUGGUGAUGUAUGUCGUAAGCGCUGGAAUGAAAUGGUACGCCAUAUUGGUGAAAAUGGUGUCAAACCAUUUAGUGAGCAAGUUGAAAUUCUUUCCCAGAGAUACUGCCCGGAUAUACUAGAAGCAAGAGAAAUUUAUGACAAUAAAGUUCCUGUUGAUCUUUAGUUUGGCUUUGGUCAUAGAUUUUGUUUUGCUACGUUGUAGGGUGUUUUGUUUGAGAUUUAGAAGAGUUUUUCUCCAACAACCUUAAAUGUUGGAAGACAAAUGAAAGAGAGAACAUAUAUCGGAUUACAGGAUAUUACCUUUGAACAUUUAUGUUUAUGUUGUAAUUUAGGGGAAGAUAACCCCCGUGGCACCUUUGGUAAUGUGUAAACUGGAUUAAAUUUAUCUUUGAUAUAUUGCUCCCUUUAACCCAAAAACGAAAAUGAAAGAGAAAACGUCCUAUUUGUAUGAA